UAGUCGUUGCUGGUGAGCAAAAGCGAAACCAAAACGUUAUACGCAAAUUCCGUUGGUUUCGUUUUGAAAGAAGUGCUACUCUGGCUGCAGAGAGAUCGCAGUCUAUGACAACAGUUGUUGCUGAUGGAGUCUGACCAUGGAUGAGGGGGUUGAUCCUGAAGAUGAAAAUGUGAACUAUGUCUUGGCUCAGGAGUCCCCAGAACUGCUCCACAUCCUUAGAGGUCAGUCCCCCACAGUCAUCAUGAAAUUGUGCCAAAUGAUGCCCAGCGAUGCUUGUUGGAAUGGAAACUUGGCCUCCAGUAGUCCCUCGACAGCAGCUGUAACAGAACACAUCGAAGCCAUGUUGGAGUACUUCAGGGGGGCCAACAAUGCAGAUUGCCGCAACUUCCUCCAGACCCUGUGUUUACUGUGCGAGGACAUCCCCAUGCACCUGGAGUCUAGGCUCAUGUCAGUGGCUGGAUAUGAAAAAAGUGUUUGUGAACAUUUCACUUCCAGUGUAACGGAUGGGAAGUCGUCAUCGCUGCCUUCAGACCAGCUCAUCAAGCGUCCACGGAUUGAUUACUGGAUGCAGUUCAUUGGUGAAGUGAUGCAUUUACUGCAUAGGAGGUGGGAGCGGCUCAGUGAGCACCUGAUGAGGCAGGUGCAGCUGGAGAAUGUGUGGGUCGGCCUAAGAACGGCAAACCGAGGCAGGGACAGACCUGAUCAAACUCCUGGAUCAGCAAACAAAGGGGGCAAAACACCAGAGUCUGAUGGGGACUAUGGGUCUAUGGAUUCCAGAGUGACAUUGGAGACCUUCCUCCAGGGUUUUACAGGGAAGGUGACAGUUCUCCUUGGCCCAGCAGGAUCAGGAAAAACUCUGCUGAUGUCUUGUUUAGGACAACAGUGGGCACAUGGACUAGGCCCGAUCCCUUCAUCUUACCUGUUUGUCCUGCUGGAGUUUCGUCAGCUCAACGUACUGUCCCGUCCUCUCUCCCUGUCUGAGCUGCUAUUCCAACACUACGUCCCCAUAAAUGAGAGUGACCACAAAAAGGAAGCCAUUGUGGAUUACCUCCUUUCCAAUCCAGAGCAAAGCUGUUGGGUGCUGGAUGGCUAUGACGAGUUUCACAGCAAACUCGCCAAACAAGAGGUGCAGAGAGAGCAAUUGAACCCAGAAAAGCCUUUGCCUGUUGCAGACCUCAUAUCAGGGCUGUUAAAUCGUCAGCUUCUCCCAGGAUGUACUGUGAUGGUCACUUGUCGUCUACGCGAUGUCCUCGAUUUGGAAGGCAUUUCAGAUAAAGUCGGGCAGCUGCUGGGUUGGGACUGCUAUGAGAUCAAGGAGUAUGUGGACAACUUUUUUGGCGAUAAAGGUCACUCAGCCAAAAGGGCUCUUGGGGUGCAGGCAGCAGAACUCCUUCUUUCCAGUCGACACCUACUCGCCAUGUCAUCCCUCCCUGCCCUCUGCAACAUCUGCUGCAUCUAUCUGGAGCAUUUACUGCUGGAGAGUACAGUCCCAAGAAGGACCCAGAUACCUGAAGAAAGAGGAAGAGAGACGAGGAGAAAAGCGGGUAGAAAAGAAAUAAAAGGAGGCGGAAGAGGAGAAGAGGGCAGUAGAGGAGGGAGUUUUGUGCAAAGGGAAGAUCAAGGCGGAGGGAGUGAAGACAUGAUGACAACAAACUGUAGAAACCAGCUACCUCUCACACAAGCCCAGAUUCCCUCCACCCUCACCCAGGUCUACCUCAGUGUUCUUGAUUCGUUUCUGAGCCGUGACCCUGAUACAAGAGGAAGCAAUGACGAGCUGAAUACCAUGAAACUUCCACACAGUAUUCUGAGUCAGCAUCGAUCUGAGUUGUGCGAGCUCAGUCAGCUGUCCUGGAACGGCUUAGAGGACAGCAAGAUCCUCUUCAUGGAAGAAGACAUUUCUCAGGAGGUUUUGGAGUUUUCAAUCAGGACAGGGCUCUUCUCACAGGUGGAGCUCAGACUUGAGGACGGGAUGCUUGUCAACUCCUACUGCUUCACUCAUCUGACUUUACAGGAGUUUUUGGCUGCACUCAGAAUCAUGACGAGUGAUGAUGUUAGUGACACGCAGCUCAAGAAGAGAUUCAGCCUGAGAACUCGCUGGACAACCAAGGCAGACCAGAGGACAGUCUUUACGGACUCCCUGUACCUGUUUGUAUGUGGUCUGGCCUCCCCACACUGUACUGCAGCCUUAGUUCAAUUAGGUGGAACAGGAGGUCAAAACUGGGUCCAAAAACGACAAAGCCUUGUUCUGAAACUGCUAAAAAACCUUUGUCACAGCAACACCCUGACUGGACCAAAGAUAUUGGAGCUUUGCCACUGUGUUCAGGAGAGCCAGGACCACCAACUAGCUCAGCAGGUUGUGGGUGCAAGACCCACUUUGGAGCUGCGCAACAUCCAGCUUCUACCAAAUGAUAUUCAAGCUCUAGCUUUUGUAGUUAACUCAGUCAGGGAUAGUGGCAUUGGAUUGGACUUUGGAGCAUGCACAAUGGAGUCGGAGUGUUUAGAUGUCCUGCCCAGGUGUCAGUACAUUCACUACCUCGGUUUUCGCAGACGCAUGUAUGGCGACAAGUUCGCUGAGAAGUUGUCCUCCAUUUUGCCAAAAUUCACGACCCUGAAGAAACUAGAGUUCUGUGGUGCCAGUCUGACGGCCACUGGAGCGGCUAGUUUGGCCUCUGCUCUACCGAGCUGUCCAGACAUCACUGAAAUCAACCUCAGUGACAACGAAUUGAAAGACGAUGGGAUCAAACACAUAGCUGAUAUAUUUACCAAACUACCAAGACUGGCUUUGGUGAAGCUGGGUCGAAACCACAGCUCUCUGAAGGCAGUGGACUACCUCAUCGGGAAAAUGUCUUCGUUCUUGAACAUCCAGCAGGUUCAUGCAGACGGAUUGAAGGAAUUGACAGUCACUUUCUCUCAAAACUCUGAUUUGAUCAGCCAUAAAACUAAGUCUGAACCGACAAUCUGCUUGUUGAACCAGAAAUGGAGCAAGCCGAAUAUGCAAAAACUUUCAGAGUCAUUGGCAUGUUGCCCUGCCUUGUCUGUCCUGGAUAUUUCUGGAGGCCGCUUGGAUGUUGAAACUCUGAGGACGCUGACUCGGUUUUUGCCGAAGUUCAACGUCACCCAAAAGAUUGUUGCGAAUGACAGCUGCUUAACAGUGGAGGGUUUGCCGAUUCUGACGGCUCUGCUGUCUGCGUGUCCUGCUGUGGUGGAGCUUCAUAUCAGACUGCAGAGUCCUGUUCAGGUGUCCAUCGUGUUUUCUGGAGGGAGAGAAGCAACUAAUGAAGUAUCUAAACUGCUCUGCCUCAGCUGCUGUGGACUGCUGCCGACUCAUCUGGCGAGAGUGUGGAGGAGUUUGGGAUCCUCUCCUGAUCUCACUUUGCUGGAUCUGUCCAGUAACUGCUUAGGCAACAGAGGUCUGAGGAUACUGUUGGACUUCCUGCCCCGUCUUCGUAGCAUCCAGGAAAUAAAUGCCAGUAACAAUGGGACUGGCGUGGAGAGAGUGGGGAUGCUGGCUGUUGCUUUGUGCUCCCAUAACAACCUCACAGACAUCCACAUCAGUGAUGGAGACGAAGAGCAGGUGAUCCUCAAGUUCUGCCCCGACAAAAGGGAUGGCAAACAGCAGAAAAAGAUGUUCAGGGUUAACAACAGCAGUCUCCCACCAUCCGAUAUGACCACACUCUGUAGACGAUUGGUCCAGUGUCGCUCCCAUUUGGAGUUAGAUUUGUCUCACAGCUCAUUGUCGGACAAGGCCAUCGAGAAUCUGCUGAAGGUCCUGCCCAAGAUGACGUCACUGCAGAGACUCAAUGUCAGCCACAGCAUUGCAUCCACAACUGGAGCACUGAUGCUGGUCAGAUGUUUGACUGUCAGCCAGCGAGUCACCUCAGUGGAGCUCAGGCCUCAGACUGCAUCCUUCAUCCAGUUUGACAGUGUGAAAGCAGAACAAGCCAGCUGCAGGUUAACUCAUUGUAGCCUGAAAGGUGACAACUUGCAGAGACUUCUGGAGAUCCUCCAGCAGGGUCCUCAACUGUCUGUCCUGGAUUUAUCAAGUAACCAACUGGGAGAUGAGGGAGUGAAGCAUGUUGUGGAUUGUCUACAAGGGCUUAAAAUCACCAGCUAUGUAAAUUUGAGCAACAAUGGCCUGACGCAGCAGGGGGUGAUGGAUGUGGCCAACACACUGUGCACCUGUAACAACGUCACUGCUGUAGAAGUCAGUUUGGGAGCAGAGGAGAGGUGUCUCGUCUGGUUCACGCAAUAUGACGGUUGUGUAAAAACGCUGAGUGUCAGAGACAGUAGUUUGGAACGUGCUCAUCUGGUCAGACUAGCAGAGAUCGUGUCUAUCAGUCCCGGUCCAACCAAACUAGAGUUCAAGAACAAUUUGCUGCAGUCGGAUUGGAUUGAAGACUUUGUGACACUGUUAAACCGCAGUCAGAGAGGAUUCAGCAUCAGUAUUGAGGAACGUUGGAUCAGAUCUGAGGAAGCUGUGACUUUGUUGUGCCGCUGUCUGGAUGUCAGCAGCAACAUACACACUAUCAGGGUUCACCACACCACGCUGCAUCUGUCUUUGAUGAAGUCCACUGAACUGGCCUCACACAGUGACAACUCUGCAGAUCUGACUCCACUAAUGGUCACAGAGAAAAUCAGCCUCAUGGACUGUGCAGUAGAUGGGUAUUACCUUGCAUCUAUGAAGAGCAUCAUCUCGAGGUGUCCUUUACUGACAGAGCUGGAUUUUUCCCACAACAACCUUGGCAUAGAGGGAGCUGAGUUUAUCUGUUCUGUCCUGCCCUCGCUGCCAAAUCUCACUUCUCUGAGUAUUGGUUCCAAAGAGGCUUCUGUGACUGUGGUUGAGAAGCUGUCAGAGGCCCUGCUGCAGGCUGCAGCCAUUCAGUGCUUAAAUCUGUCCGGUCAUGUGAUUAGUGACACAGGAGCCCAGAUUCUGAGCAGAAUGUUGCCUCGCCUAAGAUCACUCAAUCUGUCUCACUGUGAGUGGUCAGCAUCUGCAGGGCUGCAGCUCAUCAAAGCACUGAGAGAGUGUGUCAGUCUGGAGGGCCUUUGUCUGGACUGCUGGCAGCUGAACGAGGAGAGCAGGACGUGCCUGGCACAAGCACUAAGGAAAAUCAACUCUAUACGCAGACUCAAGCUAAAUAAGAUUGCCACAGAAAUAGGACCAUCACAAGCAAACGGUGUGCUCGAUCUCCUAGCUGCUAUGGAGGGACUCACACAAACUCAGGAGAUAGAGUUGGAGGGCUGGAGGAUGGCUGAUAGAGGAAUAGAAGAGCUGGCCAGAGUCCUUCCUGUCUGGACGGAGCUCAGAAAGAUCAGUCUAUCAAAGAACCUUAUCAGCGACCAGUCGGGAGACAUGCUGCUGGAGGCUUUGCACAGCUGUACUCACCUGGAAGAGCUCCAUCUGCCUAGCAACAGCCUCGGGGAUCUCACUGCUGCCAGGAUGGCCGUUGUUCUACCGUCACUGACACACAUCACUGUGCUGGAUAUUUCCGAGAACAGGAUUAGAUAUGAAGGAUCGGUGAGCCUGUCCAAAGCAAUAAUGUGCAUGAAGAACCUCACCAAGAUCUAUCUGACCUCCGUGGGGACUCCAGAGCUGUGUCCUGUAGCUGCCAGUCUGGCCCACUGUCCCCUCCUACAGGAUGUGGGCCUGGGAUGGAAUAAUUGUGGCGAUAACGUGGCAGUGGAGCUGGUCAGAGUUAUGCCUCUCUGUCAGAGGCUGACGAGGAUAGAUCUGGAGUCAAACGCUGUGAGUGUUUCUGGAGCGGAGGCCCUGGCUAGAGCCUUAGAGUCGUGUCCCGCGCUGCAGCUCAUCAGGCUGUGGAGGAACAAGGUCUCCCCCAGUGAGGCCCGGAGGCUCAGUCUGAGGGAGAGGAGGCUGAAUUUCUCAUCCACCUAAUGAGAUCCAGAUUGUUGGACGGUGGCGCCUAGAAGUAACAUUCCAGUUGAUCAGAAUCUGCGGAGGUGAAUCAGUCCGACAGUUCACAUGUUUCCCUGAAGUAUGACCAUCAAAAAAAGCACGAGGAACGAUCUUACAGCAAAGGAUUAAGAUCUCCACGUUAUGUGUUUUAAAAACCUUCAAUUAGUCCUUCAAUCUGAGGACUGCAGCAGCUGGUUUAAAGACCACUAGGGGUCUCCUACUGGAGACCCUCAUGCCUUUUGGCAUUUCCCUAAACUGUAAAUAAUCUUAAGCGGGGAUAAUACGAUUAAGUACAGAUGCACUGUUGAAUGGUGCUAUUUAAAAAAAAAAAAAAAAACUAUUUUAAUGUAUGACUAUGCACUAAUUGGCCUUUCAACGUUUUACGUUGGUAAACUGGCGUGUCCACACUUCCUUAUGAUGCACUGAUAUUUAAAACGCUGCAACAGAAUGUGUUGCUAUGUGAUGUGUUCGAGAACAAAGAAGAUGAAAUGGUAUUAGCGCAGGAUGUACAGUAAAAAUACAAUACGGACAACAGAGAAAUAUAGAAAGCUACUUUGGAAAUGUAAAAAAAAAAGAUUGAGCAAAGCAUCAAAAGUGAUCUUCAAGCAACUAAUUUAAUCACAGAUACAAUUGUGAGUCAAUACAUCUUAAGUUCCCAAAAGGGAUAUUAUGGGAAGAUUAUGCAGGGCUUAAAAUGGUAGAAAUAAGUGAACCAGUGCUGCUUUUAAUUAAUUAAAUUGAUGUAGCGCAUGUUAAUAAGUGUCUUUCACAACAGCACACUGCACACAACAUGGCUUAUAGUGAAUAUGACACGCACUGCUGUUCCACCACCUUGAACCAUGAUGUCAAGGGUUUCCACUAACUUUCAUGUAAGAAAAAUAUGUAUGCAGACUCUGAAGUCAUUUUGCACCGUAAUGUGUUUACAAUAGUCAGAGGCCACAUCAGUGAAAACACAACAAAUCAUAAACUCACAGUAAAAGGAAGAGUUGAAAACGAGGACACCCCUCGGUUAUUCUGCUUUUAUGGUCAUUUUAGGUUGUGGUCUCUAUCCAAUCUGCAUAUUUAUUUCUGCCGGUGUUGUGAUAAGUUAUUGAGUUAUAUGUCAUUUAAACUGAGUUUACAUUUUUUACUCUAGAGAACUAUGAUCUCUACAAGGACACUAGCCAAGAUGUACUGUGUUAGAUCAUCCACUUGAAAGGUGUUUUGUUUUUUAUGGUUUGUGAUUCUGACUUGACACAGAGAUGGCAAUUUAGAUAAAAAAAGAAUAACGAAGAAAAAAAAAGACUACAUUGAGUGUUGGCUUUUAUUUACUUAACAAACAUGACACAAUGACCAUGUGCAGUACACCCAUCAUGUUUACAUAACUUAAUGUUAUUUUAUUAGUUAAGAUGAUGUGUCAAUAUAACCUCGUUUCUGGAAUACAUGAGUCAAUUUUUUUUCCCACACUUGCACAAAGGGUGUUUUAUAACUCCCUCAUAUUUAAUCCUGACAAAU